AUGUUUCACUCACUGCGAGAUGUGUAUCGAUUUGGAGUCGCUGCGAUAUUCGUCUUCACCCUGAUCGAACAUGUCAACGGAGUUUCAAUGGAAUAUUGUUCCAGCCUGAACACUGGUUCUGGCAGUGGAAACUCCUCCAUCUACCAAUCCGAUGGUCUAUGCCACGAUUUCUGCGUCGAAGAUUAUGCAUUCGCUAUUGUGCAAGGUCAAUAUUGCUGGUGUUCGAAUUAUGUGCCUGGAACUACAACCUCGACGAGCGAUUGUAGUACCUCAUGUCCGGGCUACCCAGAUGAUACGUGUGGUGGGGAUGAGACAUACGGAUAUAUAUCAUUGACGCUAUCUCCAUCGGGGACGAAAGGAGCCACGGCGGCGGCUGCUUCGACUUCAUCUGCGAAGGUUAGUACCAAGACACAAUCUCUAUCUUCCUCCCUCUUUCCUGUUUCCUGUUUCUUCAGUUUUGCCAGUGGUGUAACUUCCUCGAGCUCGAGUCCUGAUCCGGUGACAAUUUAUUCAACUGUUACCGAAGUCACGUCUUCUUCCUCCUCCGAAUUACCCAAAACUACUACGUCAACGAGUACCUCGACCACACCUACUACUUCAUCAACAUCACAAACUACGGUGGUCGCUCAAAAAUCUCCUACAUCUGCCUCGACGAUGCCUACAUGGACACCAACUCCAGUCAUAUCCUUGGAAACUAUCACCGGACAAGUGCGUACUGUUACCGUUACACCAACCGCACCACCAAACGAAUCAAGCACGUCGUCGGUUUCGAAAAGCACUGCUGCAAGCGGGUUGACCACGGGAGGUGCUGUGGGUCUCACGAUUGGUCUGGUGGCCUUGAUUGCAAUUAUUGCCGGCAUUACAUACUUCUGUAUAAGAAAGAGAAGACAAGAAAAGGCUGAAGAAUAUGCUGCGGUCAACAGUCGAAGGGAAAGCUUAGCUGGUGUGGGUGGACCAAUUCCAUCGAGAACCAUGAGCGAGAAUUCACGAUAUGUUCUCGGCACAGAUGGGAGACGUGUCGUGGAAACUUGGGAACCCGAACUACACACGCCCGGAUCGAGAAAGAGUCAAUUGAUGCCUGUGGAUCCAAGACUAGAUCCUUUCGCUGCCGUCUAUCAACGCGGAGAUAAUAAAAGUCGGGAGAGCUUCAAUACCAUACGAGAUGACCACGACUAUUCCAGACGUGUCCAUCCACAAGGACCGAUACUUCGAGCUGUCAACCCUGAUCCCGAUUAA